AGGAAUGUUUAAAAGUAAGAGUGGAACAGAAAAGGAGCACCAGCUGAAGCCAUCACUAAGAAGCAUGCCAUGCUUAGCCCAAAGUCAAACCCAUCCUCAGCAUUUGAACAAGCAGUCAUCUGUGCAGAGCCGGCUCCAGCCUCAGCCACUCAGUGAGGGAUCCUCCGCCAUCGAUCUGGAGCAACAGAGAGAUUCCACAAAAGAUACUUACACAGACGAGUCGGAACAUGGAACCUACGACUGCCGCACCGAUCAAUCCCUGCUCAUUCAGCACAAACUUACCAGGCAAAAACAAGGCUCUCGCAAAUCUCAAAAGUGCAAAGAAGAUUUAUUGAGCAAAGAAAAACAAAUUUUCGACCAUUUCCCAUCACAUACAGAGUCGAAUGAAAUGAAUUCAGGGACCUCCCAAGGACAGUUUUUUAAAGACGGCAUCAAACGCAUUGAUUACAUCCUGGUAUACAAGAAAUCAAAUCCGCAGAUUGAAAAGCGAAGCACAUUCGAGAAGAACCUGAGAGCCGAGGGGUUAAUGUUGGAGCGGGAAAGUGCGUUUACCAACAAUGACAUCAUGUUUGUCAAAAUCCACUGUCCGUGGGAUACGCUGUGCAAAUACGCCGAGAGGAUGAACAUCAGAAUGCCUUUCAGUUUGCAGAGGAACAUGAGACAACUUAAAAGCUGGCUGCCUAGAAACCCAAUGAAGCUUGACAAGGAAGCCCUUCCAGACCUAGAAGAGACGGAUUGUUACACAGCUCCUUUCAGCCGGGCUCGCAUGCACCACUUCACAAUAAACAAUAAAGACUCAUUCUUCAGUAACUCAACACGGAGCCGGAUAGUACAUCAUGUAUUACAAAGGACAAAGUAUGAAGACGGAAAAUCGAAAAUGGGCAUAGGAAGAUUGCUCACUAAUGGAACAUAUGAAGCAGCUUUUCCACCACAUGAGGGCAGUCAUAAAAGCAGACAUCCAAUCAAAACGCACGGUGCACAGAACCACAGGCAUUUACUCUAUGAGCGCUGGGCUCGCUGGGGGAUGUGGUACAAGUAUCAGCCUUUGGACUUAAUCAGGAGAUACUUCGGUGAGAAGAUUGGAUUGUACUUUGCAUGGCUGGGUUGGUACACAGGGAUGCUGAUCCCUGCCGCACUUGUCGGGCUGUUUGUCUUCCUUUAUGGAUUAUUUACCAUGGACUCCAGCCAAGUAAGUAAAGAGAUCUGCGAGGCAAAUGAGACCAUCAUGUGUCCUAUGUGUGAGAAGAACUGCACCCUACAGAGACUGAAUGAGAGCUGCAUAUAUGCCAAGGUCACUCACUUAUUUGACAAUGGGGGCACAGUGUUCUUCGCUAUAUUUAUGGCCAUAUGGGCCACUGUCUUCCUUGAGUUCUGGAAAAGACGGAGAGCUGUACUAACCUACGACUGGGAUCUCAUUGACUGGGAAGAUGAAGAGGAAGAGUUACGUCCACAAUUUGAAGCAAAGUAUUCCAAAUUGGAACGAACAAACCCAAUCACUGGAAAACCAGAGCCUUUCCAGCCUUUCAGCGACAAACUCAGCCGACUCAUGGUGUCUGUAUCAGGAAUUUUCUUCAUGAUAUCCUUAGUGCUGACAGCAGUCUUCGCUGUGGUUGUGUACCGACUCGUUGCCAUGGAGCAGUUUGCAUCAUUCAACUGGCAUUUUAUCAAGAAGUACUGGCAGUUUGCAACAUCUGGCACUGGUGUCUGCAUAAACUUCAUGAUCAUAAUGUCCCUUAAUGUUGUAUAUGAGAAAGUAGCGUAUCUUUUAACAAACUUAGAGCAUCCGAGAACUGACUCAGAGUGGGAAAACAGUUUUGCUCUGAAAAUGUUCCUGUUUCAGUUUGUCAAUUUAAACAGCUCAAUAUUUUAUAUCGCCUUCUUCCUUGGCAGGUUUGCAGGGAGGCCUGGCAAAUAUAACAGACUCUUUCAAAGAUGGAGGCUGGAAGAGUGUCAUCCAAGUGGGUGCCUUAUAGACCUCUGUUUACAAAUGGGCGUUAUCAUGGUUCUGAAACAAAUGUGGAAUAACUUCAUGGAAUUAGGUUAUCCAUUACUACAGAACUGGUGGUCACGAAGGAAAAUGAAGAAAGGUGGACAGUCAGUAGAACACAAAAUAACUUUACCUCAGUGGGAAAAAGACUGGAACCUGCAGCCAAUGAAUGCCCAUGGGCUUAUGGAGGAGUACUUAGAAAUGGUCAUUCAGUUUGGAUUCACCACCAUCUUUGUUGCUGCUUUCCCACUGGCUCCGCUCCUGGCACUGCUAAACAAUAUUAUUGAAAUCAGACUGGAUGCUUAUAAGUUUGUCACACAGUGGAGAAGACCUAUGCCAGCCCGAGCCACUGAUAUAGGUAUUUGGUAUGGCAUUCUGGAAGGAAUUGGCGUUCUAGCUGUCAUCACCAAUGCAUUUGUUAUUGCUAUAACAUCUGAUUACAUUCCUCGGUUUGUUUACGCUUUUAAAUAUGGACCCUGCUUGGAUGAAGGAUACAGACAUGAAAAAUGUCUGCGUGGUUAUGUUAAUAGCAGUUUAUCAGUAUUUGAUCUAAAUGAGCUUGGAGAGGGAUAUACCGGUUACUGCAGAUAUCGGGAUUAUCGAGCACCUCCUUGGAGCUCCAACCCAUAUGAGUUCACCCUACAGUUCUGGCAUGUACUAGCUGCACGGUUAGCCUUUAUCAUAGUGUUUGAGCACCUUGUGUUUGGAAUAAAGUCCUUCAUUGCUUACCUCAUCCCUGAUAUGCCCAAAGAUCUCUGCGAUCGAAUGAGGCGGGAAAAAUACCUGGUGCAGGAGAUGAUGUAUGAAGCUGAGCUGGAGCACUUGCAACGGGAAAGGAAAAGGAAUGGAAAACACUUAAACCAUGAAUGGCCUUAAAGCACACAACAGAAAGCAAAAUGGCAGCUUGAGAUGAAAAGUGUACAACCCCUAAAUAUUAUAUACAUGUAUGUGCAAUAUAAACAUAUAUGUAUAUAAUAUAUGUAGAACACCUUUUUGUAAACUGGAACAUACACAGCAUCACUAAGGAUAAGGUGACCGAUCAGUAUUAUGUGGAUUGGAGCAUCUCCAGAGUCAAGUGACCUCGGUCAGGUGCUGGCAGCUGGAUGUGAGGUCUGUGAUGCAGAGAGAGUUUUCCGUCUACUAAGUACUGUAAAUACCAAUUUCUCUACCAUAAUCUAAUGCAAAGGUCAAAGAGAUGUCUGAUAUACUUUGUCAGUUUUCUGGCUGCUGCACUUCCCAUAAUGCUCAGCAACUGAGAAGCUGGCCAAGAGGAUCAUCAGUAAGUACAAAGGAAGUUCUUCUUUUGUUAUUCAAUCAUCAAAUGUGCACUGGACUGAAAGAAACGGAAGGUGAGUGAAAUUCACUUCUUUUUUUUAACAUCACACAAAUGACUACGUAAUAACUUACAAUGCAACUUAAGAAAAAAAAAACAUUUCUCUAUGAAUUGUUCGACAUCUCAGCACAUAUACUUCGGAUCUUGCAAAUGAAAAUUGUUUUCAUAGCUUUUCUGAUCCAAUUUAAAGAAUUGCAUGAUAAGAAUGGGAGAAUUCUACUAUGGAUCAUAUUUACACUUUUCCAAAGACAGCCUUUAUACAAAAGCACUACUUGGACAUUGCAAAAAGCUUGGAGAUGAGCAAAGCUGUAUCAAUGAAGCUCCAGCGUAAGCCAACUAACUCAACGUCGCCCACAAAGGAGUCAGCCAUUGGAGACCUGUGUUUUUGUGGUGUGGUGUAAUGUUAAUUGCUUUAUGUACAACUUGCAUACAGAAAUUAAUUCAGGCCACUUGGUUUUAAUAGCUUUUAUAGGAUACUUUUGUAAAAAUCUAUGAUAUCAGAUUUGAGUGGAUGCUGGAAGGUUGAAUAACUCUCCAGCUCUUGUCAGUGACUUCUACUGGAAGAGCUCCACAUUUCAAUUUGCAUGUGCAACCUGCUCUAGCCAUAAUUCGGAAAUAUUUGUUUUGAGGCCCACCCUUUAGUCCACAUUCACACCUGUGAAGAGCACAUUCCUAAUGAUUUGUACAGCUUCAGGCAUUGUUCCAUGUGUUGGGCAAGGAGUGCAGAGCAGUCCUAGAGGAGGAGAAGAGUUUUUCAAGUGCAGAACACAUUGUGCUUUUACAGGCACUUUCAUUGAAAUCUAGGGGUCAAUAAAUGAUUAUGCUAAAAAAAAUAGCCCAUGUACUUCUUUGAGUAUAGGUCAUCACACUGCAGGCAACUAAAUGUUGAAAUGUGAACAGGCACAAUUACAAACAGUGGUAUUCUGCACAUUGAAGGUAGUCGGGUAUAGGAAAACACACAAUACCCUCAAAUGUGUAUGGGAGCUUAAAGGGGUUGUAAAGGUAAAA